AUGGCGUUUCUCUUCAAGUCCAAGAAGCACCAGGACCGUACGGUAACCAGUCGCGACGGCAGCUCAGGCUCUCAGGGGUCCAUCCAAAACGCCCCCGGGCGCGCAGUGGCUAGAGACGACAAGAACACAGCAUUGCAGCGCGCGACGCCAACGGGGAGCCUGCAUUCUAUCGACAAUGACACCAACACCUCCAGCCCCGACCAGGGCCAAGGCCCAGGCCACGCCCGUCGUGCGGGAAGCGUCGAUACGCCUCAGACGAGUGAUUUGCCUUUUCGAAACCAACCGCCCGUGAGCAAUUCCAAUGCCUCGCUCUAUCCGUGGUCGCAGCGGCGGUUGACAUACACUUCGUCGCAUCCGAGCCCGUUUCCUCGAUAUGGCGCCGCCGUCAACGCAGUCGCCUCCAAGGAAGGAGAUGUUUAUUUGAUGGGUGGCCUGAUCAACAGCUCGACUGUAAAGGGCGACCUUUGGAUGAUCGAGGCUGGUGGUAGCAUGACAUGUUACCCACUGGCGACAACUGCCGAGGGCCCGGGGCCUCGAGUUGGCCAUGCCAGUUUGCUAGUCGGCAAUGCCUUCAUCGUUUAUGGCGGAGACACCAAAAUUGACGACAAUGACAUCUUAGACGAGACCCUAUAUCUACUUAAUACUUCAACACGGCACUGGUCCCGUGCCCUGCCCGCUGGGCCGCGUCCAUCGGGACGAUAUGGCCACUCACUCAACAUCCUUGGCUCCAAGAUAUUCAUCUUUGGUGGCCAGGUCGAAGGCUUCUUCAUGAACGAUCUCUCCGCGUUUGAUCUCAACCAACUGCAGUCGCCAACUAAUCGAUGGGAGAUUCUCCUCAAGGCAGAAGCGAGCCCCAAGAUGCCCGCCGCACGAACGAACCAUUCCAUGGUGACUUUCAACGAUAAGAUGUACCUGUUUGGUGGCACAAAUGGCUUCCAAUGGUUCAACGACGUCUGGUGUUACGAUCCUGCAGUCAACAAGUGGGCACAACUGGAUUGCAUCGGCUAUAUACCCGCUCCUCGUGAGGGCCACGCUGCUGCUCUGGUGGACGAUGUCAUGUAUAUUUUCGGCGGCAGAACCGAGGAAGGCACUGAUUUGGGAGAUCUUGCAGCGUUUCGCAUCACGCAGCGGAGGUGGUAUACUUUCCAGAACAUGGGCCCCUCUCCCUCGGCUCGAUCUGGUCAUAGCAUGACGACGGUUGGAAAAUCCAUUGUCGUGCUUGGCGGAGAGCCUAGCACUGCUUCUUCGUCUACUAACGAUCUUGGUAUUCUCUAUGUAUUGGACACGACUAAGAUUCGGUAUCCCAAUGAUGCUCCAGGAGGGCCCCAGAGAAUACCCCAAGCGAGACGGCCAAGCGAUGCAUCGAAUCCCAACAGACAGCCACCGAUGCGCGAUGUGUCCAACGGAGGAGGCCCUCCCGACGCCGGGAACAUGAUUGUCGGCGGUCCAUCAAGCAUCAACAACGGACCAGCUACCCGGAGAAUCCCUUCCAACGGUAUGGAACCGACCGGCUCACCAGGUCCAGGGAACAAAAUGCAGAUGUCCAGAGCUGCCGCGAAUGCCAGCCCCUCCGGACCGCCUCCACAAGGCCCAACUCCUGCUAAGCCGGUUCCUGAUCCGUCUGCUGUGGGACGUGUCCGAGGCGCGUCAGUUGACCGGGCGCCGGGGACGGGCUCACCCCAGCUGGCUUCUGCCCCGUCACCAAUAACCCGCGAAAUAAUACCCGAGGACGAGACACCUGCACCCACAUCUGCCCCUAUGUCUGCAGCAGGCAAUCCUGUUAACGGACGCCGAACACCCACUACGCCUACUCAAGUUGGAAGGGCAGGAUCUAAGCAAGGCUCCUUGGGCGGCGAGGGGAUGCAAAGAGGUCCUCCUCCAGAGGGGAUGCAGAGAGGCCCCCCGGAAGGGAUGCAGAGAGCCGCGCCAACGCGACCAACAUCACCUCCGCAUACAACUAAGCCGAUGAGCGCCAACCUCAACCGACGAUCGUCUGGCCGAAAUUCGCAGACUGUUGCUCUUCUAAAAGAGCUUGAUAAUGCCCGAAAUCGGAAUGCAUGGUAUGCGUCGGAACUUGAGUUGGCUAGGAAAGCUGGCUAUGUUCCCAAUGCCUCCAUGGGGCCUGCACUUGAUGGAAAAGCUGUUGAGUCCUUUGAUGACGAAGAUCGACCACUGAUCGAGGCACUUUUGGCUAUGCGCACAGAAUUAGCAAACGUUCAGAAUGCUGUAGACAAGCAAGCUAUCGUUGCUGCCAAGCAGAUAGCGGAGGCGGAAAGGCAACGAGAUGUCGCCAUUCAAGAAGCCGUUUAUGCCAAAGCUAAACUGGCUGCUCAGAGUGGUGGAAGUGUAUCAAGUACCCCCCAGCCUGAAGUCGGAGACGAGUCUGGUGCUCGAUCAGCAGAUAUGAGCAAGAAGUUGGCAUCUGCCCUCAACCACCAUAAGAGUCUUCAGACCCAGCUGGAAUCGGCGAAAUCCGAGCUGGAGGCGGAGAAGAGAGCUCGCAAGCUCGCCGAUGACACGACGUCAGCUGCCCAGAAGCGCAUGGCCGAUUUAGAGGCUUACAAGCAGCAAACCUCUGGAGAAGUCGAGCGUCUGAAGGCAGAGCUUCACUUCUCGCAACGUGAAGCCCGAGAGCAGGCAGUGGCCGCCGCUGAGGCUGUGGCUGCUCUGGAACUUCUCCAAGUUGAAAAGGACACCAUUUCGAGGAAGCUUGAUGAAGUUGCCGACUCAUCAAAUGGUCGGGAAGAAACAUUCGAAUCUCUUAGAGCUGCCAUCGAAGCAUCGCAGGAUGCAAGCGCUCAUCUCGAGACAAAACUCGAGGAAGAGAGAACCCAGAGGGAAAAGGUCGAAGGCAAGCUGACUAAACUCAAGGCUGAACACGAAGCUCGCACAGCAGAAUUAGUUGCUGUGACCCAACGUCUACGAGACGCUGAAGAGCUUGCCGAGAAGCACGCUACUGAAGCACGCACGCAUCGGGAAGCUGUUCUUGCUGGACUUCACAAGCUCACUGCGAAAGACGACUCGGCUACGCAUAGUGCAGAUGCUGAACGUGCCGCUGCACUCCAAAACCAACUCACUGCUGCGAACGCUUUAGUUAAGAAAUACCAACAGGAAGCAGACAUAGCUGCUGAUAGGCUACGUAGUGCGGAGGAGCGCAUUGCCGGGCUUGAGCAGUAUCAGGAGCAGUCAAGCCGUGAGGGUGUUGGUAUUCGACGACAGCUUCAGUCUGCCUUGAGGGAAACCCAGAGCCUCCAGGCUGCUCAUUCAGAUAUCAAGAACCAGCUGGCAGCUCAGCAGCUCGAAACAAACGCCAUGACUGUGCAACACAAUGCCCUCAAGGAUAUUCUUGUCGAACGAGGUAUUAGCCCCACUGGUGCUGCUAGAACUCGCGGCCUCACAAGCCCGCGAACCACUUCUCCUGAGCAGCAAGGUCGCUUGCGAGAGCUUGAGGCUCAGUUGGCCAGCAUUAGCGCCGCCCACGAAGAGACCAAGCAGACAUUUGCCAUCCAAGUCCAAGACUCUGAAACUGCGUACCGUGAGAAGCUAUCCCAGCUCGAGAGUGAUUAUCAGUCCGCGGUGCAUUAUGUUAAAGGAACAGAGAAGAUGUUGAAACAGCUUCAGGAGCAACUGGGGCGCCUUAAGACUGACAAUGCCCGCUUGAAGUCCGAAGUUGUGGAGCUUGAGGAUAGACUGCAGGCCGGCCCAGAUGAGUCUGGUUCGGCUGGGUGGGAGAAAGAGCGUGUCGCCUUGCAGACCAAGAUAUCUAACUUGGAGGCUGAGCUCCAUGAUUCUGCUGCCCACCUUGAGAAGAGCCUUGAGGAUCUAAAGGUCGAGUUGGCAGAGAGCCAUCGCGAAUGUGACGAAGCCCGCACAUCCCUGAGCACCCAGCGGAAGGAGCUUGAGCAACUGCAGUCCGAAAAUGCCCUCCUCGAACAGCGCGCGUCCGACGCUGAACAGAAGGUCUCGCUGCUUUUGGAUCAAGUCGAGCACUCUGUCGAUACCUACCGUCGCCGCAGCCGACACGUUGUCAGCAUGAACGCUGAUGCGAUGGCAGCCGCAAAUGGCAUGGGCCUCGGUAGCCUCGGCACACUCGCUCUCGGCCACAACCGCAACGAAAGCUCUGAGGGCGAGAGUAUCUAUGGGGACAGCAACCUGGGGAACCGAAACAGCGCUGCGCUUGACAAUCUGGCCACCGAGCUGGAGACUCUUCGGAAUCACUGGGAGACUACAAACAAGAAUUACCGUCUGAGUACCAACUUCGAUUUUGAAUCUGCCAACGCCUCUAAGAAGGAGGACGAUACCCCUAUCGCUAUGGGCAUGGGUGGAAACCUUGCGGAUUGGAGAAAGCGACUCGAUACGGAGAAUCACUCUGACGUGGAACAACCCAAGCAAGGCUAA